GCCGCGCCGGCCCCCGGGAGGAGAGCCUCGGAGCGAGGGACGCGGGCAGCCAUGGCCGAAGCGGCGCCCGCCCCGGCUCCAGAGAGGGACAGGCCAACAGGGGAUGAAAGGCCUUCGACUCCUUCUCCAUCACCCCAGCUGGCCACUGAGAAGAACUCCUACCUCUACUCCACGGAGAUCACACUGUGGACCGUGGUGGCCGCCAUCCAGGCCUUGGAAAAGAAGGUGGAUUCCUGCCUGACCCGCCUGCUGACUCUGGAGGGGCGGGCAGGGACGGCCGAGAAGAAGCUGGCCGACUGUGAGAAGACGGCCGUGGAGUUCGGGAACCAGCUGGAGGGCAAGUGGGCCGUGCUGGGGACCCUGCUCCAGGAGUACGGGCUGCUGCAGAGGCGGCUGGAGAACGUGGAGAACCUGCUGAGGAACAGGAACUUCUGGAUCCUGCGGCUGCCCCCGGGCAGCAAGGGCGAGGCCCCCAAGGUGCCUGUGACCUUUGAUGACGUGGCCGUGUAUUUCUCUGAGCUUGAGUGGGGCAAACUGGAUGACUGGCAGAAGGAGCUAUACAAGCACGUGAUGAGGGGCAACUACGAGAUGCUGGUCUCCCUGGAUUAUGCCAUCUCCAAGCCGGACAUCCUCACCCGGAUGGAGAGGGGAGAGGAGCCUUGUCCUGAAGGCCCGUGGGGCCGAGAGGAAGAGAAUGAGAGAGAGGAAGCGCGCCCCUGCAGGCCAGGCGCUGGCCUUCCUCCGUACCCAGAGCAGAUCACCGGCCCUGUCAGCCCUGCCCAGGAGGAGCCAAAAGAAGAUCAGGCCCUGGAGCACCAGCGAGACUGGGAAACAAGGGUGACCCCGCCGGAAACGUGCACUGGGCCCCCAGCUGGCAUCAGCAUUUUGUCUUCAGUUAAACGAGAGGAAGACUCUUCAGAUGGGGAGUCAUCAACCUGCCCUCCCAGGGACAUCCUGCCCAGCUUGGGGCCGGGGGGCGGCGCUGUGGUCAUCAAGACGGAAGCACCAUCCGAGGACGAGAUGACGCUGGACCCGCCCUUCCCCGGGGCGUCCCCGAGCCGGGCCGCGUGUGGAAUCCCCAAAGGGCCCAGGAGCAGGACCGGGGGUUCUGGCCGGCUUCACGGGGGGGGCGUCCCCCGGGCGCGGGCAGGGGACCCCCGGCCCACGGGGGCCGGGGCCCAGCCGCCCCGCGUCCUCCCGCGUCGGCGAGAGCGGGCCUUCCCCUGCCCUGACUGCGGCCAGAGCUUCCGCCUGAAGAUCAACCUGACCAUUCAUCAGCGGAGCCAUGUGGAAGAGGAGCACCGGGAGGCCCGGGGCGGCUCGCCCACCGGCUGGGGGGACGCGCACUCGACAUUGGAGCCAGGGGAGGUGGUGGUGCCCGGCCCAGUCAUCCGCUGGCUCCCCGAGGAGCGCGAGAGCCGGCGGCCUUUCGUGGGGCGGAGGCCAGCGGCCGCCAAGGUGUACCACUGCAGUGAGUGCCUGCGCUUCUUCCAGCAGCGGAAGAGCCUGCUGCUGCACCAGCGCCUGCACACGGGCAACAGCCAGGGCUGGCCCGCCUGCCCCUACUGCGGCAAGGCCUUCCGCCGGCCCUCCGACCUCUUCCGGCACCAGCGCAUCCACACCGGCGAGCGGCCCUACCGGUGUACCCAGUGCGGCCGGGCCUUCAACCGCAACCACCACCUGGCGGUGCACAUGCAGACGCACGCCCGGGGCCAGGUGGGCCCGCCCUGUCCCGGGUCCCCCGCGCUCCUGGGGAGCCCGCCGCGGCCCCGGCCCAGCCACUCGGAGGAGGGCUGACCAGGCAGGCGGACAUCCUGGGCAGGACCUUCUCUUCCCCCGCCCCUGCGGAGCUUUUCCACUCGUGCCUGACGCUGGUUCCUUCUUCUGGGAUGGCUCUGGGGAGACUUUUAUCCCCCUUUUAUUCAAAUGGGAAGCCGUGGCCUUUAUGAUGACAGACUGUAUGGGGUGACCAGAUGCUUCAGUUCCCUAAGUUUGUCACUUUUUGCUGCCUUUUCUACAUUGCUGACUUAUAACGGCUCCAUUAAGGCUUAGGGGAGUCCGCGCUUCGGUGGGGGCCUUUGACCAGUAGCAUGGAUGAACAAGAGAGCCAGGGUGAUAGGCACAUUGAGGGCCUGGGGUUUCUCCGUCAACAAGAGAAACAGCAGAGUGGACAGAAAGCCUGAAGAAUAGGCGCUAGAAAUUUGAAUUUGUUACUAUUAUUUUGAAACUUCUUUUUUUUAAUAGUUUUUCUAAGUGCUUUUGUAAGUAUUAUGUGUGGUUGUAAAGGGGACCAAGAUCUCCUGAGGGACAGGAAUUACCCUGCCGCCUCCUUGUGUGGGAAUGGCAGAGGCACUGUCCAGACCAGUCUGGGGAUGCCGGCUGAUGGUGGUGCCUCAGCUGCUGCCCUGGAAACCAGUUAUCUUCCUAGAAGUGUGUGCUUGGCCCAGAGUGAUUCCCAGUAUUUCCUGUUCUUUCCUCAGUGGGUGUUUGCAUCCAUGAUUAACUCUGGUAAUCAGCUGAGACUGGGGGGGAACUGAAGCCUGGAGUGGAUGACAUUUCCCCCAGGGUCUCAGUAUUCAUGGGUGUGCAUGCAUGCUCCAUGGACCCCAUCUGGGGGUGGGGGGUGGGGGUCAGGUGCACCAUGGGCCCAGGAAGUCCUUCUCCUAGGGGAAGGUCCUACUCAGAGUGAGGCUGGUGAGCCAGAGUGGACUGUGGGAUUGCCAGGCCUGACUUGUCACGUUAAAGGACGGAGUGUCUUCUAGAACUUGGGGCUCAUGGCAGAGUUAGGCCAGGAGUUCUAGGUGAAUCUUUUAGCCUCACGUUCCUUAUCUGUCAAACGUGGUUAUGACCCAAGUGCAUCCUCCUCCACCUUAGAGUGGUCACGGUCAUAAUAGAUUUGGCGGCAAUGGAACCAUAGGAAACCUAUUUUUGACCUUCAUUUCACCUUCAGGGCCCCCUUCAUCUCCAGGUCUUUUUCCAUUCAGAAUCACUCAAGAAGGACCUUUAUUUUCCGGAGCGCGUGGAAGAUCCUUCAGGUGCAGAGUGAGAUGAGACUCCCUUUGGGCCAUAUCCUGCAGGAGCCAUCAGUAUCUCAGUGGAACAAAACUCUUACCAAAGCAAAGAGGUUCAGACGGGCAGUUUGGACAAGAGCAUCGGGCCUCAAGGAGAUGUCCUGAUGGCAGCUAGCUUCUUGUGCCUCUUAAAUCAUACGACUUUGGGUGCUACCUAGAGACCAGCCCUUGGUUUGGCUGAUUUCAAAGCUGCAGUCGGGUCCUCAGCUGUUCUGAUUGUUGUCUUAUCUGUCUGGCACUGUGUGGAUCACCCAGUGUUCAAGCCUGCCUCCAGGUGCCUGGGUCCCUGGCUGUGCCACUUCUGUUGCCCGCCUCUGACUCUCCCUACCUCUCCUAAAGUCCUGAGCAGAGAGGGGGCAGAUGGAAACACUGUUGUCAUUUCUGGGGCAGAGUAUACACGUCAAUGACAGCUCAGCCAGGCCUGCCAUAGAUUCUGUUUGUCUGUUCUUGCAUCCUCCAUCCCUUGCCAGAGGCCCCACAGUCAGGACUGGGCUGUCAGCAAGUGUGCAGACAGGAUGUGGUGCUAGUGUAGCUGAUGAGAGCUUAACCCUCAGCUGCAGAGCUAGUCUCAGGUGUUUCCUUGGGGAUGCCUCAGGGCUCAGAGCUUCUAGGCCUUUUUAAUGCUUAAUGCCCUAUGUAAAUACAGAGACUCAGACCGAAGGAGCAAUCACUAUGCACUGGUGCUCCCCAUUCUUCCAAAGCACUCAGUGUUCCAGGCUCCAGGCUAGGCCCUGCGAGUUUGCAUGGCACUCAAUAGGUGUUCAAAGGACCUUUCUUUACACUAAAAUGAAUAAUGGAGGCUGCGUGACCUGGAAGGACGGAACCUGGUUUGACCCCAGACUCCAGCUCUGGGUCUCAGGUGCCUCGUUCAUAAAGCAGAAGUUGGGGUUCUGGUGUUAAAGGCCCUUAAGAACUAUGACGGUGGCGAAACCUUGGCCGCAUCAUUGCUCAGUAAAUACGCUGGACUCGAUGAGUGCACGUGAUCUGGUUCCUGUUCUCCGGGAGUCAGCGGUGGUGUGGGAAGUCUCCGCCCCUCACUAGAGUGGGCUGUUUCGGAGAACCCCGGGGCAGUUUUAGGGCUCACGCCAGGGGGUGGGGCCUCCGGGCCGGCCAAUGGGGGGUGGGUGCUGGGAUUGCUCGCGGGGGGCGGGGGGAGGGGCGGGGUUUCCUGCUCCGGCCAAUGGGAAGCUGCCUCUGGCGAAGGGGUGGGGCCCUGCUCGCAGGCCUUGGGGCGGCCUUCGACGCGGUCAGUGGAUUCACUUGCUGUCCUUACUGGAGGUUGUUGUGUUCCCGCGUGCCUCCUGCAGCCCGCCAACCGGCGAGCCCAAGGGCCGGCCUGCGUGGGGCGUCCGCAGUGGAGGCGGCAACUCCCUGGCCUGGCCCCACAGUGUUGGGCCAUAGCCAACGUGGCCCAGCUUCCGUGAGGGCGACUCUUGCAGACCAUAUCCUGCCCGCACCCCGCCCUCCUGGAGUUGGAGAGGUUCAGCCUGGUCAGUGUCAGUCGCUCAGUCGUGUCUGACUCUUAACGACCCCCGUGGACUGUAGCCCCCUGGGGUCCUCCGUCCAUGGGAUGCUCUAGGCAAGAAUACUGGAGUGGGUUGCCAUUUUCUUCUGCAGGGAAUCUUCUCGAUGCAUGGAUCGAACCUGGGUCUCUCGCAUUGCAGGUGGAUUGUUUACCAUCUGAGCCAUAGCCUGGGUAGAGGAAGGGGAGGUAAACAGCACUUGAGGCUGAAGGGCGUGCAGGGUGUCUGAGCUCACAGGAUAAAAAUCCCUUCUUUCUCGGCCCCGGUUUGCUUACCUGUAGAUGACCAGGUUUUCGAGGUUCCCGCCAGCCCUGACAUUCUGGGAUCCUGCUCAGGAUCGUAGUGCGGGGCGGAUGACCUGACUCUCCUCACUCCAGAGAUGCUCCAGGCCCCUUCAUGGAUCUCUCUUUUAUCUGUCACCCCUCUGAGGGCUUCCCUGUGGCUUAGGCAGUAAAGAAUCUGCCUGCCAUGCGGGGAAACCCAGGUUUGACCCCCGGGUCUGGGAGAGCCCCUGGAGAAGGAAACGGCAACCCACUCCAGUAUUUUCGCCUAGAGAAUCCCAUGGACAGAGGGCCCUAGGGGCCUACAGUCCAUGGGGUUGUGAAGAGUCCGACAUGACUGAGUGACACUUUCACUUUUCCUCUAACUGACCAUGUCAGGGAGAUCAUGACCCCAUUCACAUCCCCUUCCUAAGCUAAGGUCAGUGAUGUUGUCUGGGGAGGUGAUUUCCACUCCAGUCCAGGCCCUUGGCUUCCUUCUGUCAGCAGUUUUGCCUCUAGCUGUGUGAGGGUCCUGUAAGACUCUUCUAGGUCUCAACUCUGAUUCCUAUCAGGUUGUAUUUGGGUGUCUGCUCACUCUUUUAUGCAAGUCACCAGGGUGUUCCUCCUAUUGCUGCAGGAGGGGGUCUGUGUCAUAGAGGACUUGGGGCUAAUGUCUCAGCCUCUGGUUUUGUUACCAAAUUCGCAAGCCCAUGUGCCAGACAAACAGUGAAACCCAUCAAUACUAAACAUUAGAGUUUGGAACAGAGAUUUAUUACAGAUUUGUACAAGGAGGUAGGUGGCUCCUUGCCCUAAGAACCCCAAAAUUACUGAAAGCUUUCAGUAAGUCCCCUUAAAAGCAAAAGGUGAGGGAAGGGUAUGGUUAGUUGCAGACUUCUUGGUGUCAGAUCCUUUGUUCUUGAGGUCUGGUCAUGGUCAGGUAACGAUGUUCCUAUAAACCUCUACCAGAUGAAUGCUAUUCUCUGUCCUGACAAGAAAGGGUAAAGCCCCAAGGUACAAUUUUCACCCUCCCAGGUCCCAGUCCUGGCUAAGAGAAGGCAGAUCCUAGUUGGCAACUCCUUCAGGGCCAGGUUCCACACCCUGUCCAGCUGUCAUCCCUGAGGGAGCCAGGCAUUCAACCCAACUGGCCCCCAGUCUCCUCAGGUGGCCCAAAGGGGGAGACCAGGUCUCAUAGACUAUGACCAGACAGAUGGUCACUGCUAUUAGGUCACAGAGACGGGUUGGGGAGAGGUUCACCACUGCCUCAAGGCCUGGGAUGAGGCUGAUGGAGGGCCUUAGUAAGGGCUCUGGAGCCCCUCAGGACACAGUCCCCAGUCUGUUCCCUGGGCCCUCCAGCUCACCCGCUGGCCCAACAAGGAUGGGUAAGCUGAAGGGCCUCCCGGAGAAAGUCUGAAUCUCCCUCUUAGCUCACUCUCCACGUGAUGACCACCACACCACUGACCCUUGACUGAAUCACUUCCCUUGUGGUCCCUUGCCGACAGUUACCAGUGGCAAGUAACCAAUAGCUGAGCAGGACAAAUAAUGGUGGCUCAUUGACAGUUGGAGGCUUGUGGGCGGGGCCCACUGAGGCACCAGCAAUGGCUGAGCAAGACCUGUUGCCUAGUAACAGGGUGCAGAGUAAUGAGGCCCAGCAAUGGCUGCCAGCCAAGGGCCGUGCUCAUCCUGCUCUGUUACAGUUUGACUGAGCCCAUCCCUGGCCAGUGUGACAAGGGCUAGCAAGAUGAGACUUUUUGUAACAGAGCGCAGCCCUUAUUGUGUGUGCGCUUAACCUGUGCCCCGUUGCCAGGCAACGGUUAUGGGGGGGCAGGCCCAUUAGUGGUCCUGCUUAGCCAUUGGUGGGGAGUCCUGCUCACCCAUUGCGGCAGUGGGCCCCGCCCACAAGUAACCAACAGCAAAUGAACCGCCGACUGUUAGUGGGCCAUUCAGCCAACUGUUGGUAGAGUGUUGGUGGUCCGGCAAAGAGUGAGGUAAGCAGGUGAGCGGAGGGGCACCCCGGGAACAGGCUGGGGGCUGUGUCCAGCAGGGCUCCAGAGUCUUCACCAAGGCCACUGACAGGCCUUGAGGCAGCGGUGAACCUCACCCCCUUCCCUGCCUCUGCGAUCCAAAGGCAGUGGCAGUCUUUAUAGGAUGCCCCCGCCAUCAGGGUGGCCUGAGGGCCAGCUGGGCCAUGGGAACAGUCUCCCUCAGCGAUGAUGACUGGGCAUGGUCUGGGGACCCGGCCCUGAGGGAGCCAACUGAGAUCAGCCUGUUCAGCCAAGACCCUGGACCUGAGAGAGUAAAAUCUGUGUUUGGGGACCGGGCCCUUCCUUGUCAGAACAGAGGAUAACAUUUGUUAGAGAUUUACAGAAACGUGUUUACCUGAGUGUGACCUGACCUUGGAGGACAAAGGAUCUGACACCAAGACAUUUGUAGCAACUCACCAGGCCCCUCCCUCACCUUUCCUAUAAAAGGGCUUUGCUGAGGGCUUUCAGGGAGUUUGGGCUUUUUAAGGCAUGAGCUACCUGUCUCCUUGUGGAAUCAUCAAUAAACCUUUCUCCGUUCCAAA